AUGUCAGCAAUCACGCUCGCAGACCUCCAGUUCAUCGACCGCGAAACCCUAGCGAAGAAAUUCGACGCCGUGCAAGCUCUGCCCACAGACACCGCCGUCGUCGACGUCCGCGACAGCGACCACAUCGGAGGACACAUUCGCGGAAGCACAUGGAUGCCCAGCUCGCAGCUAGACUACAAAGUGCCGGAGCUGGUGCGCACGCUCAGAGACAAGGAAGUCGUUGUGUUUCACUGCGCUCUGAGUCAGCAGCGAGGGCCGAGCGCGGCGCUGAGGUAUCUGCGGGAGAAGGAGCGGUUGGAUCCUAGCGCGACUCUGGAGUCGAAGGGUGAGGUCAAGGAGGAGGGUGUCGGUUCUAGAAGUGAAGAGGGCGUGGAGGGGAAACGCGAGGGCAAGAAGCAGAGGGUGUACGUGCUGAGAGGUGGGUUUACGGAGUGGCAGGAGAAGUAUGGGGAAGACAGUAAGUUGACCGAGGGCUAUCAGAAGGACAUUUGGGAGUUUGGGUCUUGA